AUGCAGCGCGGCGCGCUCCCCGUGCUGAUGCUCAGCGCUGCCCCGGAGCCUCCGCCGCGCCCGCCGCCCGCCCUGUCCCCGCCGGGCCCGGCUGCCCGCCAUGGCCCGGCUCGAGCGGGCCCGGCCCCGGAGCCGUCGGGGGGCCUGGGCGCCGCGCUCGACAGCAGCCUGCGCGCUGCCGUGGCUUUCAAGGCGGAGGGCCAGCGCUGCUACCGAGAGAAGAAGUUCCGCGAAGCCAUCGGCAAGUACCACCGGGCGCUGCUGCAGCUGAAGGCGGCGCAGGGAGCCCGCCCCGGAGGCCUGCCCGCCCACGCCCACGCCCCCGGGCCUGCCACCAGCCCCGGGCCGGCCCGGCUCAGCGAGGAGCAGCGGCGCCUGGUGGAGAGCACCGAGGUGGAAUGCUAUGACUCGCUCACAGCUUGCCUGCUGCAGUCGGAGCUGGUGAACUACGAGCGUGUGCGCGAGUACUGCCUCAAGGUGCUGGAGAAGCAGCAGGGCAACUUCAAGGCCACCUACCGCGCCGGCAUCGCCUUCUACCACUUGGGCGACUACGCGCGCGCGCUGCGCUACCUGCAGGAGGCCCGCAGCCGGGAGCCCACAGACACCAACGUGCUCCGCUACAUCCAGCUGACUCAGCUCAAGAUGAACCGCUGCAGCCUCCCGCGGGAAGACAGUGGGACCCGUGCCGGGCCACGGGACGUCAUUGGCUGAGGCCACCCAGGGGACUGUCCCCAUUCCUCUUCCCUUCCACCGAGUCUGUAAACACCCCCCCCCCCCCAAGCUUGUGUUGGUUGGUAAAGCACUUGUCACUGGUGA